AUGAGAGAAAAUCAUUUCAUAUUCGGAGAUCUUAAUGACACCCAGUGCAUUAGCAAUUCAGUGUCCAUGGGAGAAUUUCUUCAGGAAAAAGCAUUUAUAGAAUUUGAAAAGAAAUGUCAAGCAAACUUAUGGCUGACAUGGUCUUCUGUUGUGUUAGUACUUCUACUUAACACGAUAUUGAUGACAGCAUUUGUGAAGAAAUAUCGUGUCCAUGUUGAUUAUGUCAUUUUUCGCCUGCGUAGUCGAUGGAAAGGCAUCGUGCAUGUGGUUAAUACCAAAACAUACCGAUUUGAUGCGUUUGUGUCAUACGCAGAAGAGGACUAUGAUCUAGCCUGUGCAAUUCUGUAUCAAGAGUUGAAACGUUUAGGCUUUGAAAUUAGCUUACCGGACGUAGACUUUAUUCCUGGUAAAUCAAAAGCUAAGCAACUUCUGCAGUGUAUUGAUGAGAGCCGGAAAGUUAUAAUUAUCGUCACCGAAAACUUCCUAAAGAGUGGGUGGAAUUCCUACGCCGUUCAGAUGGUAGUGACUCAUGCCUUUCACAAUCACAGGGACAAAUCCAUAAUAGUGAUCAUUAAAGACGGUAUUGCCAUAGAGAGGAUGCACAAGGACCUAAGAUACAUUUGGUGGUCUAUUAUAAGUAUUCGAUGGCCAGAAACGGAAGAAAAUAUGAACACAUUUUGGGAAGAACUAUCUAAAGCUUUGCAUUUGGAUUAA